CAUCUUUUUUCUCACAACGACAGAACAACCACCAAUAACCCACACAGAACAUUAACUGAAGCAACUCAACCCAACAAUACAUAAAGAUGAAGGGAAGCCACAACAGAGACGAAGAAUCUGGAGAAGACAAUGGCUGCUGCAGCAAUUUCACGUGCGCUAGCUUAUUUGACAAGACUUGGAAGCAGAUUGCUUGGGGUAUCUUUGGCAUUGCCGUCCUGGCAACGGCCAUUGCACUGCUGGCCACUUCCCUGAAAAAGGUGGAUUCCACAGAGUAUGGAUUGGAGUACAAUGUCCAUAACAAGCAACUGGAUGAUCUGACCAAAGAGGGAGGAUUGCACACGGGACCACCUGGAUUUGAAUUCAUCAAGUUCCCGUCUACCUUUGUCACUGUGGAUUUGCCUGAUGGGACUUGUGUCUCCAGAGAUGGACUCAGAGUCCGCUUUGCUGUCACCUUUCAAUACCAAAUGCCAAAAGAUUGGAUGAGACCUGCUGUAAUCAAGUACAGAAACUUUGAUCGAUGGGCAACGGUGGUGGAGGCAGCCGGGACAUCCGCUGUGCAGCACACUUGUUCCCUAUUUGAAACGGCUAGCUAUCAGCAGCAAAGAGGCCUCAUUCAAAAUGCCAUGGAAGAGAACCUCCGAAUCAAAUUGGAAGGACCGGAUUUCGAUGGUGUCGGAGGUGUCUACGCCCGUGCCAUUUCUCUCCAACUCAAAGAAGUCACUUUACCGGAUGCCUACAAGGAUGCCGUGGCUGCCAAACAAGAGGCAGCAGAAGACAUUGAACUUGCCAAGAAUCAAAGAACGCAAGAAACAACAAAGGCACGAACGGCCCUCUUGUCGGCACAAGAAGAAGCCCGCAAAAUUAUAGAUUCUGCCGAAAACAAUGCCAAUGUCACACUUACGGAAGCCACCUUGCAGGCCGAAGAAAUUGCCUUUGCAUUACAGACCGAAGCACAGGUAUUAGUACGGGCCAAGACGAGUCUCAAUCUCACCACGGAUGGGCUACUGGCGUACAUGACCAAUAAACUCUACGAAUCCAUACCCAAUCUACGAGUCUCCACGGGAGAACCGGCCAAACUAUCGCGAAAGGAGGAAUUGUAAAAUAAUAUCAAAAUAAAAACGCUUAGUUUUACUGUCU